AUGUCGGAUGAUGCCCCUGUCUAUUCACUUGCAUCGAAUUGCAAUGAUCUCAUCCAAGGAUGCUUUGGUUUUGCCCAAAACGCCGGACCCUUCAUGAAGAGUUUGGUCGAGGAGUAUGAGAGACGCUUCGUUGCCUGGUGGCAAUCUUUGAAUGACCAUGCCUCGAACGAAAUGAGCCUGGAUGACAAGCUUCGGAAUCAUCCAACGAUUCGAGACAUACUUCUGCGUUUGUUGAUUAUCCUUCAAAUGAACCUGGAGCAGUUGCAGCAAUAUUUGAGAGCCCAAGCUGGCAAUACGCAACCGAUGGAAUCCAGCUCUGAUCUCGAUGGAACAGACCCGGGAAGGGCUGCAUACGUCCCCGCAAUUCCAGACGCGCUCGAAGACACAUUCGAGGCCAUUGAAGAAGCUCUCAAGGAAUUGUGUUAUUUCAGUGUUGCCAUGCGCGAGACUGGAAAAAAAUUCGAGACUAAGCGGGUUCAAGCCUUUGCCGCUACUCAUCUCGACUCGACCCAUUUUGAGAGAAUAGCUUUUUUGGUGGUUGAGACUCUCUAUCCGGAUGCUCCCGAGAGCCUUCAAUCGCAGCUAUGCAGGAGUAUGACUGAUCGUUAUCUGAGACUCAAGUACAAAGCUUUUCGACACGGUGAUCGAAACGCCAGUGAAUCUUCGGCGUUGCAUGGGCAUAAUCAGCAGGACCCAAUCAGGCCAAAUGCGGCAGAUCCAGUCGUCCCUCAGCAUGAAGAGCCUAGGGAAUCAAUUCGUGAAGACGCUGCCUAUACACCAGAACAACAACGAUUAAGCAUUGCGCCAACUUCUCUCAAUACCAAUAUGUUCAAUCUGCAACUAGCAGCUGCUCGUCAAACUCAAAGUCGGUCUGGUGCUACCACUGCCGUACUCUCAAGAUCUUCGGAACCAACUCCGCCAGAUUUCGCUGAGCAGAGUCACGUGAAAUGUCAAUGGUGCUUUGCAAGUAUUCCCAAAUCACUUGUGAGAGACGGAAAAUGGACAUCAUCCGGCAGACAGCACUAUCUCGAAGAUUUACAGCCAUUUGUAUGUAUCUCUGACGAGUGCAGCGAAGAUCCACGCGUUUUCUCCUCCACUGGGGAAUGGAAAGAGCACAUGAAAUCUCACAGUGCCUCAUGGUCUUGUCAAGUCCACAGAGUCCCGAUGUGGAGAUGCAAUCUUGACCAUCACGAGACUACUGCCCUAUUCCCAUCAGCUGACCACCUUCAUGAGCACAUCAAAGGAAUGCAUAGUGACAGGCUUGGACAAAAUGAAUCAAUAUCAGAUUACGCUGUCGUUGUAAAUCUUCCACGGCCUAUUGAUAUUUGCCCGAUCUGUGGAUAUUCAAUUAAUUCGCUAGAUGGCAGCGCGUUGACUGGAGACUCAUCCGCUUCAAAACGACCCAAAGAGCAGCAGACAGGAGCCUCCGUGAAGCGUCCCAAGAUCUCAAAUCCUGCUGGGUCGAAGGGCAAGACACCAAGUCUGCUUGGCCAGGACCAAGAAGAACAUGACUUUGAUGACAACUCCAUUGUUGUUUCCUCUGCAAUGGAGAAGCAUGUCCUGCGACACUUACAGUUCUUGAUGGUGCUUUCGCUGAAGCUCAAAGACAAUGUAACCGCAGAGCCAGGCCAUGACUAUGAAGAAGGAAGUGCAGAAAAGGUUGAGGUCAGCCACGGCACAUCCGAGGAAGGACGAUUGGAUGGAAGAGGCCUGGAUGAUAUGCCUCUACCCUCUGGCACGCCUUCUCAUAGAUCAAGCCUUGGAAUUGAACAAGAAGUUACUAAUCCACCUGACACGCAAUCUAGUGGGCACGCGCAGAUGGCAGCUGAAGAUCUGUUUUAUGACCAGAUUGCUGAAGCGCAGGUCACGUCUGACGCAGCUCUUGGGGGUCAAGACUUCCUCCCAAACGAUGAGAUCAGAAAAUUACUGAAAAAAGAAAACAUCGCAGUGGUAUUGGGAGAAAACAACCUGCAUACGACAGAGCAACUCGUCAACUUUGUGCUCAAGUCAGCAGGAAAGGUCUUUUUGACACUCGUCAAGAUCGGUAAGGUGUCAGCCCUCACGGAGCUUUUUGCCGAAAAUUUCAACGACAGUGGCCUUCCUGUCCAGCGGGUUGAGAGGGGAAGCAGGGCAGUCAUCUCUUUGGACGGGUCCAUCAAUGCCGCGAACACCAAACGCUGGAAUACAUUUCAGAAAUGGUCCAAUGGAGACAUAGACCAUUUCAUCAAUUCUCAGUGGUGCUUUCUUGCCCCAUCAUUUGGCCAAGGCGACUUUACUCGUGUCUUUGAUAAACAACAGCCACUGCCCUUCGCUACUCCCGGGGGCAUCACUGUUCAGAAGAGUGGCCAAUUCAGCUUGGUUCUCAAGGCCAGCAUCCAUCCAGCUCAUGCGGAUCCUGCUCUGUUUGAUAAUAUUGGUGCAAAAACGUCCGAGGUGGCAGUCAAGAUUUUCAACAGAGGAUAUGAUGAAGACUUUCGCAGAGAACAGGAAACACUAAAAAUCAUCAAGUAUCUGGAGCACGAUCAUCUGAUAAAACCCAUUGCGGCAUUUGAAAACGGAAAUCUCCAGUGCUUUGUUUUCCCAUGGGCUCCUGGUGGUAAUUUGAGGGACUACUGGAGCCGGACAGACUCUGGUGUUAGUGGAAGUCCCAGGCGAGAUAAAGAAGCGGUGCUUUGGACGUUGUGUCAGAUGCGUGGUAUCGCGAGUUGCCUCAAGACUCUCUGGAAUAUCAACUGCAGACACGGCGACCUCAAACCAGAAAACAUUCUGCUCAACGCCCAAGGCAAUCUCGUCAUUGCCGAUGUCGGACUAUCCAAGCUGUACCUCAUUACUACAGAGAUGCGGGAACACAGCUCGUCGGGAAGAUUUGCCACACGUCGAUACGCAGCACCAGAGAUUUACAUGGAUGACAGGCACAGGGCGCUUUCACGUGACUAUGAUAUCUGGUCGAUGGGUGUUAUCCUAUUGGAGUGGCUGACAUGGCUUGUUUAUGGGAAAAAGAGACUCCGCAGCUAUGCCACACUGCUUACACUAUGGACGCGCUCUUCGGGUGGAAUAUGUGUAGUCCAUCCAGAGGCUCAGAGCUGGAUUUCGAAUCUCCAACAUGACUUGGCACCCAAUACCGCGCUCAGAGACAUCGUCGACCUCAUUGAAAGUAGACUGUUAAAAGUCGAGCUUUCAGAUGGUAUCGAACGGCCACCACUUGGUCGGGCCAAAGCGACAUUUCUUGCAGAGCGCAUGGACGAUAUAUACUUUCGGGCGCUCGGAGAUGGAUCCUACGCCUAUGAUGCCAGGUUAUGGCAUCAGAGCCCGGUAGUGAAGGUUGAUGAUAUCGCCGCCAACACGCCAAUGUCUGACAUCAAAAUUGAUCCUACCGGGGAAUAUGCUAACUGGGAUGAUUUAUGGGGAUCUGAACCCGAUAAUGUCUUUGCAAACAAGAUUCUACAACAACUCGACUGGUCCAAAUUGACGCCUAGCUCGACAGCAUUAACCUUGUGCUCUUCAUGCCAGUCCAUGGAUAUCUUAUCUCCCAAAUUUGAGCUUCUCUUUGAGAUGAAGAUUCUGCAAAGCAAAGGUAAAGACUGUGAACUGUGCGAACUGAUCUACCAAUCAUUAUUGGCAUCAGGGGCAACCAGUGACAGCUCGGGUCGUUUGUUACGCAGAGGUCCGGCAUUAAAGACGGAACCUUCGGGGCCUCCAGUCAUGACGAUAUAUACUGAUCCUCAAGCAAAGCAGAGUCUACCGCCGUUCGUCCAGUUAGGCAUCCCACAACUUCCGUUACCAGUCAGCGACACACAGAUCGCCAUUCUGCGCGAAUGGCUGCGUACAUGCGACAACGAUCAUGAAUGCAUGCACCUAGCAAACCCUCGAGAGUCAAUGCCGACCAGACUAAUUUAUGUCGGCAGUUCAGCUAUGCCAGACUUACGACUGAUUGACUCGAAAGAUAUGAUGUAUGAGAGAUACGCUGCACUGAGCUACUGUGGGGGCAACAUACCACACUUCGCAAAGUUUUUUACAUAUCGUAGCAACAUUGAGCAGCUCAAGCUCAAGAUGAAUUUCGAUCACCUUCCACAAAACUUCAAGGAUAUGGUGGUCGUUGCCCGAGCCUUGGAUAUCAAAUACAUAUGGAUUGACUCGAUCUGCAUCAUCCAGGACGACGCGGCCGACUGGAAGGUAGAGGCUGGAGAUAUGGAAAACGUCUUCGGCGCGGCAUAUUGCACAGUAGCAGCCUCAUCGGCGGAAUCCCCCUUGGCUGGCUUCAUCCACAAACGAAAAGCUCGGCCGUGUGUACUCUUACCGUCUGAUGGGGGGAAAUUUUAUCUCUGUCAAGCUAUCGACAAUUUCCACCAAGACAUAGAAAAAAGUGUCUUGAACACACGCGGAUGGGCGCUCCAGGAGCGAGCGUUAUCCCGAAGGACGAUCCAUUUCUCAAAGGCUCAAGUCUACUUCGAAUGCGGACAUGGAGUCCACUGCGAGACCUUGGCAAAAAUGCGCAAACAUAGUUUGUUAGGAGAUGCUCAUUUCCCCCAAUCGGCCAUGAAAUCUUCAAAGGGUCAACGACAAUUGCUCUUCCAAGAACUGUAUUCCAACUAUUCCAGGCGCAUAUUUAGCUAUCCCAACGACCGAUCUGUCGGUCUGCUUGGAUUGGAGCAGCGCCUGGCGCGGACCUUCAACACCGAGGCCGACUACGGCAUCUUUCAAAACUACUUGCAUCAAAGUCUCUUGUGGAGAUCAGAGUCCGAGGCGACAAUGAAGCCAAUUCUAUACACAGACGCCAGCGUCCCCUCCUGGUCCUGGAUGGCAUACACUGGUGCCGUCAAGUAUGUUGAUGCGCCUGUCAAUGGUGUGCAAUGGAAUACCGACAAUCCCAAAGAUCCUUUCUUACACGGUCCUCUCCGGUGCAGUACAAGGAUCAAUGAGAAAGAAAAGGCAAUCGAGCUUGAAGCUAUUGCAAGACAAUUCGAUCUCAAUUCGUUUGGUGUGGCUGAAAGAUUGACACGCUGUGUGUUCGACACAGAGUCGGUCCGAGAUCUGACCCAUCUUCGGUGUGUCGUGCUAGGAAAAGAUAACCUAGGGAAAGAACACGAGAGGAAUGUUUACGCUCUAAUCAUCAAGCCAGUUUUUCUGGAAAAACCGAAUGCUAUAUGGAAACGUGUUGGUGUAGCCGUACUUUUGUCUUCUCAUUUUCUCGAGGCUCCCAGAGAAUUUAUUCUCCCAAUCAUCAGCGAAGGCUCGAUAAAACACAACAAAGCACCUCACAAGUUUAAAACCAGGUAUAUGAGUGCCUGA